UGGCAACUCCAACAGCUUGAUAUUAAAAAUGCAUUUUUGAAUGAGGAGUUAGAGGAAGAAGUCUAUAUGACAUUACCACCAGGCUUUUGUAAAAGAAAUGAAGGCAAUAAUGUGUGCAAACUAAAAAAGUCUCUAUACGGCCUCAAGCAGUCACCAAAAGCAUGGUUUGACAGAUUUGCAAGUGUGUUGAAGAAUUAGGGAUAUCGUCAAGGGCGGUCAGACCACAAUAUGUUUUUCAGAAUAUUUGAAGAUGAAACAAGGACCAUUCUGAUCGUGUAUGUUGAUGACAUUAUCCUCACAGGUGACAACACAGUUGAGGUAGAAAGAUUGAAACUGAGUCUAGCCACAGAAUUUGAAGUAAAAGAUUUGGAACAACUGCGAUAUUUUCUGGGAAUGGAAGUGGCCAGAUCAAGGAAAGGUAUUAUUGUCUCACAACGAAAAUACGUCCUAGAUCUACUAACUGAAACUGGCAUGCUUGGUUGCAAAUCAAGUGACACCCCCAUGGAAUUUGGGAGGAAGACGGACAACGUGGGGAAAUCGGUUGAUAAGGACAGGAAUCAGCGACUAGUUGGGAAACUAAUCUACCUAUUACACACUAGACCAGACAUUGCAUUUGCAGUUAGUGUGGUGAGUCAACAUAUGCAUCCUCCUAAGGAAGCUCAUUUAGAAGCAGUAUAUAGAAUCCUGAGGUAUCUCAAAGGUACUCCCGGCAAAGGAUUGUUCUUCAAGAGAACUGAGAAGAGAAAUGUAGAAAUAUUCACAGAUGUUAAUUGGGCAGGAUCAAUGGAAAAAAGAUGAUCAACUACAGGCUAUUGUUCCUUCGUAUGGGGAAACUUGGUAACAUGGAGAAGUAAGAAACAAAAUGUAGUUCCUUGAAGUAGUGCUGAAGCAGAAUUUCGGGCAACGGCCCAGGGUAUAUGUGAAGGACUAUUGUUAAGGAAACUUUUGGGAGAAUUACAAGUUACAAUGAAACUUCCAAUCAAACUCUACUAUGACAACAAAGUUGCGAUCAAUAUUUCACUCAAUCUAGUUCAACAUGAUCGCACCAAACAUGUAGAGGUAAAUAAACACUUUAUCAAAGAAAAAGUUGAUGAUGGAACUAUUUGCAUGACCUAUAUUCCUACCAAAGAACAAACGGCGAAUGUGUUCACUUAAGGACUACACAGACAACAUUUUGACG